AUGAUCCUCGUCGUUGCUGCACUUGUCGCUGGUCUGUUCGGGGCGAGCUGCGAAGCUCAAACCUUCCAGCGCCUGGGCGCGUGUCCAAGCCUUGGCUGCAUCUUCCCACCCGACCAAGCCGACUUCCUUGCUGGACAGUACUUCGACAUCCGUCUCGAGGUGCAUGCUCCACUCAAUGGAUCCCAGGCCAUUGGAAGGCCGGCAGAUGAGAAUUUCAAAUUCACCAUCGCCAAAGUCGACGAGAAUGGUGCCAAGUCCGAGGCCGUGGACGCCGCCGAGUACUUUGGUAGCGAGGAACCGGAGCUUGAGAAGUGGGACUUCUCCUGGUACGAGGACCUCUUCGCCAGGGAUGCCGAAAGGCCCAGUAUCGUCAAUGUUACUGCGAAAGCUUACCGCAAGGUGGCGCUGUACGAGCCCGGGGAGUACAUUGCUACUCUGACGUACAACAACGGCACCCAGACCAAGGCCACUUGGCUCGUCCGCGAAAUGGCCGAGGUGCGCCGCACGAAGAACGUCAUCCUGUUUAUCGGCGACGGAAUGACUACGAACAUGAUUACUGCUGCCCGCUUGAUUGCCCACAAGCAGGUCAACGGCAAGUACCAGACGAAGAUGCAGCUGGACCAGUUUCCCGUCUUGGGCCAUCAGAUGACGCAUUCUAUCGAUACAUACAUAACGGAUUCUGCCAACUCAGCCAGCGCUCUCAAUACCGGCCACAAGAGCUCUUCGGGCGCUUUAGGAGUAUACGCAGACUCCAGCCCGGAUACCUUCGAUGACCCCAAAGUAGAGACUAUUUCUGAGCUCUUCCAAAGAAUCUGGGGAGGUCACAUCGGAAUCGUCACUACUGCGACUGUGGCUGAUGCUACACCUGCUGCCAUUAAUGCGCAUACACGCGAGCGUGGGACGUACGCGCAAAUUGUAGACAUGAUGCUCAACGGCAACACCAACUACACUUGGCCCAAGUGGAACAGUCCCGAUGUCGUCUUUGGCGGCGGAGCAGAGCAAUUUUACAACUCCACGCGCGGCGGUAAGACGUACCUCGACAAAGAUUACUAUCGGGAGUUCUCCAAUGCCGGCUACAACAUUGUGCUGGACCGGGAUGAUCUCGAGGAGACUGACAACACUACCAAAACCCUUGGAAUCUUCACGACCUCCAAUAUGGCCAAGUGGCUUGAUAGGAACGUUUACACUAAGAACUUGAACAAGUCGCUCAGCCCGACUGGCGAUAAGACGGCUGCUCUCAACCAGCCCGGUCUCAAGGAGAUGACGCUGAAAGCAAUUGACAUCCUCGCUGCUCGCUCGAGCGAGGACGAAUCCGGAUUUUUCCUCAUGUCUGAAGCGGCUAGCAUAGAUAAAAUGAUGCAUGCUUUGGACUAUCCUAGGGCGCUGGGCGAGUUGUUGGAGUUGGAUGAUACCGUCAAAGCAACCAUUCAAAAGCUCUCGGCCAUUGACCAACUUAAGGAGACACUAAUCCUGGUAACGGCCGACCACGGCCACGGCUUCGACGUCAUGGGCAGCGUGGACACCAAGUACCUGAGUGUUCAGACGGAUGACCGCAAGAAGCGCGACGCCAUCGGUGUAUAUGAGCAGUCAGGCCUUUCCGAAUACGUUCUGAGUGGAAAUCUCAGUCACGGGGAUGGGGCUUUUCCAAAAAAUUGGACGCCCAGGUAUACGCUCUUCUCUGGCGUCAGCGCCAACCCAGACCGCCGUGAGAACUACCAGGUCGACGAGGACGGCCCGCGAAUCGCCGCUAUCGAGCUGGAAGAGGACUCGGGCGACUACUACGCCAACCCGGAGGAUGGGCCGGGGGGCAUCGAGUUGGACGGAAACUUGCCGGUGGAGAAUGACCAGGGUGUGCACAGCCUGACGGACGUACCGGUCUUCGCUCAGGGACCCUGCCAAGAACUCUUUGGAGGUGUCUACAACAACAUAGACAUUUUCUACAAGAUUUCGGAAUGUCUUGGGUUGAGUAGGACUAGCCCUGAGUAG